AUGCUAAACAUUUUGUCUCACGUUAUCUAAGUUAUAUAGAUGCUUGGAAAAAUUAUAUCAACGUGGAAAUUCACUCAACUGAAGUCGCGAUUCGUAUGAUGUUUUAACACAUAAAGACUGUACUAAUUCAUAACCAAUUUGAACAUGUCUUCUUCUCCAAAAAAGCGGAACGUGGAUAGCAAAAUUCCGAAUGGAUCGACUGCAAAUGGCAGUGUGAUGGCUACAUUUUCCAAAGCGUUCGUUGCAGAAGCCGCAUGGAAUGACAAGGAUGAGUUCCUGGAUGUGAUUUAUUGGAUGAGACAAAUUAUUGGGAUGAUCCUAGGACUUAUAUGGGGCCUCUUUCCACUCAAGGGAUUAUUGGGCUUGGUUAUAUUUUUUGCAAUAAACUGUGGAGUUAUUUAUCUAUAUUACGGAAGUUUCCAAAAAGUUGAUGAUGAAGAUUAUGGUGGACCUAUGGAGAUACUAAAGGAAGGCCUGAUGACCUCAUUUUCCACAUUUUUAGUGACAUGGAUUAUAUUGUAUUCAUCGCUAUAUUCAGACCUAUAGCAGAUAAUGUUGUGGACCUGGGACUCUAUCAGCUUUAGAACUUCACAGUUAAAUCUUCAGAUCUAUGGCUGGUGUCACGGACCUGGGACUCUGUCCACUGUAGGAUAUCACAGAUAAAUCUUCAGAUCUAUGGCUGGUAUCACGGACCUGGGACUCUAUCAGCUGUAGCUAUAGGAUAUCUUGGAUAAGUCUUCAGACCUAUAUCUGAUAUCGUUAUGGACCUGGGACCUAUCAGCUUUAGAACUUCUUAGAUAAAUCUUGUGGACCUAGGACUCGGCCGUAGAAUGUCAAAGAUAUAUCUGUGGAUUAUAAUGUAUUUAUUUUACUCAGAUCUAUACUGCAAUACUGCAGCAGCUAAAAAUCUGUAUCAUGAUGAUAGAACAUGUCAGAUCAAGCUCUUCACUGCAGAUGCCAUAGUUAUCAUACCCACCUACACAUUAGAUAAGCAGGGAGGGGAGGAGUUGGAGUUGCUAUAGUAAUCACCUUGUCUGUUCAUCUUGUGUACAAGAUAUCUUAUCUCACUAACCCUUGGAGUGAUCUAUACCAUAAAAUGAUAAUCACACCAUCAAAUUCUACACCUGAUUUGGUUUUGGUGGUCAUCGGCCAAAGUUACAGGUCAAAGGUCACACUUGACCACUUCUAAAAUAAAGAUAUUUUUUACAAGAUAACCCCUGGAUAGAUUUGAGUCAUAUUCAUGUCAUAACUUGGCAAGAUCAAAUUCUACACCUAAGUAGAUUUCGGCAGUCAUCGUCAAAGGUCAAAAGCUUACUCUUGACUGCUUUCCAGAUAAAAAGUAUGUGUAUUGCAUAUUUGGUGAACUCAUGACCUGGUGAGAGUUGCUUCAUAGAUGAGGGAUGGGGUUUUAUCUAUGUGACUCCCAUCUCACUUUGCUUUUAAUGUGUUUAUCAAGUCUAUUCAUUUUCAAAUUUUCUCGUCCAUAUUGUCAUUAAGGAAACUGCAAAUUGAUACCUACAUUAAGCAUUGAACAUAUCCCAUUCUGUUUUGAAGUCCUGAAUUUAUUUUGUACCUCAUUGACAAUGUUGCAUUGUGUAAUAUUAAUAUAUAUUGUCAUAGUAAACUAGUUUUCACCUAGAUUUUGUUUGUGUGUAUUUUUAGCCCAUCAUCUUAUACUAAUUAGUCCACCAUCAGAUGGCUGGCUGUUCAAAUUUUCCUCCUCCUGUGGAAAAUUGUGCGUCCAUCUGUAAAAAAAACUUUCUCAAAGUCAUAGGUAGGUUAAAAAUUCCCCUUGGUCCGGUAUCCAAGUCGUGCAUGCUCAAUUUUGAGAAUGAUCAGAAAGCAAAAUGACCCACAGGCAGCCAAUUUUAAUUUUGACAAUUAAAGGUUGUUGACUUUAUUUCGCAUAAUUCAUUUCCGUGGAUCUAUCUCCAGUUUCACAUAUACAUGAAGGUUAAACUUGGUCUCUAGUUGUGUGUAUUAAAUUUUGAGACUUUAUUGAAAAACAAAAUGGCUGAUUGGUGCUGGAAUGAAGCGAUACCUAGUUUAUUGAAGUGAAUGACAUUGACCUAAUUUUAUAAGGUCACAGGGGUCAAAUGUGUUAAAAUCUUUACACAACCUCUUCUUACAAUUACAAGUUUUGCAUAAUUUUAUAUUUGGUGAAUUGAAACAAAUUUCGCCAAAAUGGAAAAGAGGUAAAGAUUUUUUGGUUUUUUUUUCAGUCUUAUUCAAUUAAAACAUGAUAUUGAACUUUUGAGGUCAAUGUUGCUGGAUUCAAUUAAAAAAUAUUUUUACUACUUCUUUUAUUGUAAGGAAAGGGAGACAAUUUCCACAGGUCACUUUCAUUUAUCCGAUAAAAAAAAUCUUUGUUUAUACUCCGACAGUUAUGAAAAAGACACACAAUAAAAAGAAAUUGAAAAUGAAAUGCAGUGUAUACAAUUUAUCUCGUACAAAUACAGAAAUAUAGUAUUUACUGUAUGUAUUACUUCAUUACUCAUACUUGUGUUUCAUUGUCGUUUUCUAACAGCUAUUAUUAUAAGAUUUGGAUGUAUGUACAUGUAUAAACUGUUGUAACAGUAUGUAUAUAUAUAUGACUAAAUAAAUGUUUAGUAAAGUCUUGCAGGCAACAAUAUAUAAAAUCAGACUUUCAUCAACA